CCACAUCGCCCACCCGCCCAGGAUGCUCGUUCGCCGUCUCUACUCCUCGGCAUCUUCACAUCCCGCCCCUUCCGCCCUCGCGCACAUCCCCGCGCCCAGACCACACACAAGGGGCAGGAUCAGGCCUCGACUCGCGCUGCCCAAAGCUAAAAAGCAGGCAAGCACCACCGCCGCCAGUGCCAGUCUCGCGAAACCUCUUCGUCCCGUUGACGCUGCUGGCAAGGGGCGUAAACCGCGAUACUCCUCUACCUACCCCCAUUCCGAAACCGCUCACACCCACGCUCAAGCGUCUAGCUACCCUACCGUCCCCGAACCUCCUUCGUCCUCCAUCCCCCGUACUCCCCGUCUUCACUUUACCCACCCCGUCCCCGCUUUGAACCAUACCAACGAAUUCCGACCCAUUUACCUCUACCCUGAGCAAUUCAAGCUGUACCAUGCGUUCACCCACCCUGCCCAUCCUUUGCCGCUUCACCUCGGUACGAAGAUUUACACAUCCCCGACUUUUACUUCUCGGCCGGACGGGACUGGGGACGAUCUGUUCGCAGAACCCGUGAUGAAGACCCCGUCUUCCACUGUCGAGGGUGAGGGAGUGAACGCUCUAACUGAGCACCUGAGGGUAGUCAGCUCCCAGCCUAUCCUUCUCAAUAACGCAGAGAUGGAGCACCAGCUCUUCGGAACGCCCGAGAUGGAAUUCUCAAGCAUCUCUGCGCUGCUUGAGAACAAGUCUGCUUCGCUCAAGGCGCGGAAUGAGCAAGAAUGGCGAGAAGUUUUGGCCAUGAUGGAGCAUAAGGGUGAAUCUCUGGCCGUUGAGAAGGACAAUGUGCAAGCCGGGGGAAGCAAGGAUGCGGAUUUAAAUCAAGUUGUUAGUGAACUUGCCGGUGUUCUGGCUAGACUUGAGACGGAUGAGAAAAACGUGAGUAUGGAUAGUGUGAAGAGGAAGAGGAGAAAGAAGAUUUCAAAGCACAAGCACAAGAAGAGGAGAAAGGCAACUAGGGCGUUGAGAAAGAGGUUGGGUAAAUAGAUGGUUUGCAUGGGAAUGGCGAAUGGAAGCAUGAGAGGAACAUGGAAGGAAGGAGAGGGAGAGGAUGCAUACUUAUCACACGCCUUGCGAAAUGGAACUGAAUAAUAACAAUGUCAGGAGUUUUGAUUACAAGGUUGGCUGGCAGCUUGACGCCAGAACAAGUCGUUCGAUUAAACCAAUUCACAUAAAACUCUACAAACGAUGAUGAACAACUUUUAUGACUUCUUAAC